AGAGGCUUUAACCCACUGAGGCAUCCCAAAACCUGAAAUUUUUAAAAUCUUUUGUCUUCAUCCCAUCUUCGUGUAUGGAACAUUCUGAAGGCUGGUUUGGGCUCCUUCGCAUUUGGAAUACGAACUAUGCAUUGUCUCCUUCACUCAUUUGAAACAGCCGUUCCUAACCUCCCAUAUUAUAGGCCUCUUAAAGGGAUAAAUUCUGGUGAUGUAUUUCUUUGGAGCAGCAGUUUUAAACCCUCGUCAUGGCUCUUGGCAAUUAAAGACAUUCUGAAGAUACAGGGAUCAACCCAAAUCUCCAUAUGGAGCCAAAGCUAUUUGUAAAGCCUUUAGAAUUCUGACAGACCUAAUGCGGCCCGUUUUUCAUUAGAAAAGUAAACAGGUAGCUGAUUUACUGAUAAUCAUUCUUUUUAAAAUGUUCAUUUUUUUUUUCAAUUUUAAAAUGUCUUAGUCUUUUUAUUGUGGCUUUAAGGUCUUGAUGCACGAAUAGAAUUAGAUUCUAUAAUUGCCGGCUUUGGUGACUUCUAACUCAGGGGUCCUCAAGAUGCACGAUGCCUUGCAAGGAGCCUAUCCUAUGGUUUUGCCGGUUGCUAAUGAGAAGUGCUGGAUGCAGAUGUAAAGGGGUGGCUUAGUUUAUCCCUACGUAGCUUACUGGUGGGGGGGAAUUAGAUUCUUUAAGACAAAGGGAUUAUGAGUCAUUAUCGUAAAUUACAGACACAAUGCUUUAUGCCCAAGGCAGAUCCAGCCCCUCCACCCCCAAAGUAAUAGAACAAGACAGUCGGUUUCUGUUAUAAUUUUGAAUUUCCAGGAUAGCAGAAAAAUAAAUGAUGCAUGCUGCAGUGGGACAGCCUGAUAUUAUCUGCAACUGAAAAAUGUAUGUAAGGAUGUUUUUUUGUGAAGUUACUUGCCUUGGAUUGCUCACAUGCCAAUUUGACUUUUCUAGCAGAAAAAUAAAAAAAAAAAAUUUAAGUAUUCAAAGAAUAAGAAAUCGAGAAGAGGGUAUAGAGUUGAGCUGUCCUGUGUGGUAACCACUAGCCAAUCGUGGCCGGCAGUCACUGGGCACGUGGCUAGUCUGACUUAAAGGGUGCGGAUCUAUGGAAUAUAUUGUACUCUGCGGGAUCGUACAAAACAAAAAGGAAGGUAAAAUAUCUAACAGUUGCUGGCCACAUUCAAAAUGAAUAUUUUGGAUAUAUUGGGUUAAAAAAAUAAUAUUUAAAAUAAUUUUUCGUGGUGUUACUUUGUUCUGAUGUGGAUCCUAGAAAAAUUGCUAUUUCUUACGUAGCUGGCCUUUAUUUAUACUGGAAAUCGCCGGUAGAAAGCGGACAGAAAACGUACAUAACAUACAUAUUGAGGUCAUGGGCAAGUCACAUCAGGGCAUUUGGGGCACAAAUUAAAAGCUCGAGUCCUUAACCAAUCCGGUUCCCGGCUGUGUGGUCCCUUCUGCCCAAUCAGCUUCUGGCUCUCACUAUAAAUACUUUGACCGGGUCGUGCCUUUCACUGCAACUGAGCGUUGGAGUCAUGGCUCGCACGAAGCAGACGGCGCGCAAGUCGACCGGCGGCAAGGCCCCGCGCAAGCAGCUGGCCACCAAGGCGGCCCGCAAGAGCGCGCCGGCCACGGGCGGCGUGAAGAAGCCGCACCGCUACCGGCCCGGCACGGUGGCCCUGCGCGAGAUCCGGCGCUACCAGAAGUCCACCGAGCUGCUGAUCCGCAAGCUGCCGUUCCAGCGGCUGGUGCGCGAGAUCGCGCAGGACUUCAAGACCGACCUGCGCUUCCAGAGCUCGGCCGUCAUGGCGCUGCAGGAGGCGUGCGAGGCCUACCUGGUGGGGCUCUUCGAGGACACCAACCUCUGCGCCAUCCACGCCAAGCGCGUCACCAUCAUGCCCAAGGACAUCCAGCUGGCGCGCCGCAUCCGCGGCGAGAGGGCCUGAGCACACGGUCUCCCACUCCUUCCCAAAGGCUCUUUUCAGAGCCACCACAUGUGCUGAAAAGGUCUGUUUCCCUGCA